GAAAUCAACAUUCAUAUUCAUAACAUUGAAUAUUUUUACAUUUUUUUCUCUUCGUUCGACGUAGAAAAGAAUUAUUCUUCCUAAAUGCUACAUUUGCUGCUCCAUAUUGCCAAUCGCUCUAAAUUUCAUUGCUCUCUAAAUUACGUAAAAUUGCUUUUUUUUAUUAUUUCGCUUGUGAAAACGUGAAUCGAACGGGCGAAAGAAAAAAAUGUUCGGGUGAACAGAAAACGAAUUAACGAAAUAAAAACCAGAUGCAGAACAACUCAUCUAACUGAUCAAUAAAAUAUAAACCAGAAUGAUAAAGUCCUAAAUCAAUCACAUCGGCGAACAACAAAAAGAAAUAAUUUAACUAUCCGAAUGUUUGUAUUAAAGGCGUUGAGAAUCAAACACAUAAUAUUUUGGCAAAAACAAGAAAGAAAUAAAAAAAAGCUGACUCAAAGCACCCGACGGAAAAUGAAUUGCGUAUGCAAAAUUUAAUAAAAAAAAGGUGAACGAGAAAGAUAGAGCGAAAGAGAGAAAGAGAGCGAGAAAAAAGUGAGACGAAGAGAAAAGAAGAAGAAGCAGCAAUAACAUCGACGCCGAAAUUGAACCAAAAACCUUGACACUAUAUUCAAUUGGUUUUUUUAAAUGAUUUUGCGAUAAAUAUACUGCAGAUAGGUUUGUGUGUCAGUGUGUAUGCGAGCAAUGCGCGAGAACGGUGAUCGAGAGAUCGCGCGCACGCGAAAGAGCACUUCAGAUGCUACAAAGAGCUGCUGCUACGGCUGCUGUUCUGCGCUUAAGCUAGUAUGCGUGAUUUUUGAGAGAGAGAGAGAGAGAGAGAGAGAGAGAGAGAGAGAGAGAGAGAGAGAGAGAGAAAUGAAUCGAGCAUAUGAGCUAUGAGUGAAUGGAGAGUAGCCCAAGCAGAAAAAAAUUAUACACAAGAUCACAGCCGAUUCGUGCAGAAUGCAUAUUGAGCGACACCGACGCAAUACGUAAUGUACUAAAAAUAUAUCCAGUGUGGUGGUUUAUUUCAUCAAGAAAAACGUUUUUUUUUUCUGCGCUUGGCAAUUUCCUUUGGCGCAAGUGUAAACAAAUCGAGUGUUUUUUUCUCUCUUCACUUCGCAUUUUUGUUUUUUUUUUCACUCGAUCUUGUUGCAGUUGGUCGGAAUGCGUGCUUGUCCUUUUUUCGUACACGUUACUCAUUUAUGUACGUUAAUUGAAUUGUGGCUAACAAUCGAUUGGCUUCAAUUCACAAUAUGUACAAUGUAUGGCACAAAUAGAUACAAAACGGUUGAUUGUUUUGCAUUUUGCCAUACGCAUUACGCAAACGAGCAUGUGUGAAUUCAUUGAACAAUCAUGGAUUGUUAAUGCGUAUAUGAAUCAGUUGGAUGCCGAAACCACUGCUGCGAGUCACAUCGAAUUUGAAUUGAAUUUCAACGUAUGUGUGGGACGAGCAAGAGAGAGAGAGAGAGAGAGAGAGAGAGAGAGAGAGAGAGAGAGAUAGAGAGAGAGAGAGAGAGAGUAUGUGUGUGUGAUAGCGAAAAACAUUUCAAUUCCGGCAGGGACACCUUUAGAAGAAAAAAAUAACGAUCUGACAUCGAAUUUAUGAUGCCAAUCAUUGGAACAAACACAAAUGAUUAACCUGUGUACCUGAUUUUAAACCGAGAACAUAAUCGUCGGGAAAAAAGAUGGCAAAUCCGAUUUUCCGAAGCUGUUGCAAUUGCCAGUCGUUGCGUACGGGUUCAGUGAUUGCUGGUGUGGCUGCUAUUCUUUUGUCGAUCGUGUCAAUCAUCAUAAUGUUCACCGUGCGUUUACAAUACAAAACCAUUUUCCUUGAUUGGUUACCACCGUGGAUCGUGAAAAUUGUUAUCGGUUUUAACUUGUGCAUGACCAUUUUGAUAUCCAUUAUUAUGAUUGUCGGAGCCAUUAAGCGAAAUCAUUAUCUGAUGUUGCCAUGGGUUGUACUGGGCGCAAUGCUCGUGGUUGGAUUGCUGUUGUCAGUGAUUUACACCGGUGUUAUGUUCAUCAUUGAUGGUCAUAUAAUAACGGCUGUGGUUUGGUUUAUUGGCGGUCUCAUUUUCUGCGUCAUUUACGCGUACAUGUGGUGUGUAGUGUACAGUCAUUUCACAGUUUUACGCGAGGAAAGUAAACGAGGCAAAUACAAUCGUCAACCUUAUCGACGAUAAAUUUUCAAACACCGUAGCUGCAUCACAGUAGCUCUGUAAUUUGUAAACACCGCAGCUGUCAUCAUAUCAGUAUGGGAUGAAGAUGGUGUUGAUCUUUUUUGUUUGUUAAUAGAAUGCAAAAAUUACUAGCAAAGUAGCAAACUAAAUCUCGAGUCCACAACAAUUUAUCAAAUCUGUACACUAAACGACUAACAAAAGAAGCAACAAAAAAUAUUCUAUGAUGAUAUGGAAUAUGCACGAUUCUAAUCAAAACAAUUGAAAAACAAACACAAAUUGCUGAUGGAUGCAAAUUACUUUUUAGUCAUGUGGAAUUUAGUUUUUUAAGUAGUAGAGAAGAAGAGGGAAAAAAUAAACAACAACAGUUUUGCUUCCGUUUCGAUGUAAUUAAUAACUUCUUAUAUUUUCAUUUACAGUUAGAUACUAUUUACUUAUUACUAAUUCAGUUGCCAUUUCGAAGUGAAUCGGGAGAUAAAAGAAAAUUGUUUACAUUUUGUAAGAAGGAAUAUCUCAUGUACUUGUAACCUGGAUAAGCAUACGUCAAUUGUCUACUCGAUACUGUGCAUCUAAUCAAAAGUCAUUCGACAAUGUUUUUUUCUUUCAAUAUUCUGUUUUUUAUUUUUGAUUAAUUUAUUUGAGUGUUUUUUUUGUUCGUAAAUUUUUUUCUCUUUUAUCGAUUUUUUUUUCUAUUUUGUUUUAAUUAUAUCAAGCAGAAAUAUAUGAAUAUAUUUAUUUUUGAUAUUUUAUCGAUUUAAACGGGAAAAUUGAAAUGCUUUUAGAACAAAUAUACUACAAAAUUACCGGCACACCAAGCCGAGAGAUUUUGUUGUGUCGAUUUUAAUUUCAUAAAAAAAUAAUUUUUUAGAAUGAGAUUCAUAGAAAAAUAAAUCAAUAAAAACAAUUAUCGUAAUUUAUUUGACUAAAAAUAAA